GAUGUUUUAAAGUAAACAUUACCAGCGCUGUCAGCUAAGCAUAAUUGUUUGCAUGCAGGAUUUUUAAAUUCAAAGACAAUACUGUACUCAAAGGUUAUGUGCAUAUUAAAUCGACAUUUAAGCAACAAUGUCUUCAGUGGAGUAUUUGAGAGUAUUUGUGAGCGAGCGACUGACUGCUGCUGCUGAAGAAAUAUUUGGAGUUUUUAAAACAACGAUCGUGGAGUAUGAGGAAGAGAUCGCUCGUCAACGCAAACUAUUGGAUAUAGUUUUGAGACCUGAAAUACAUUUACGCAGUAUAGAGCUCCCACAGCAGUAUAUCUAUCAGAAGGAGGAGGUUCUCACUGACCAGCAGCUCUGUAGUCAGGAAAGAAACUCCAGUCUGGACCAAGAGGACCCAGAGCCUCCACAGAUCAAAGAGGAACAGGAGGAACUCCACACUGUUCAGGAGGAAGAGCAGCUUGUACUGAAGCAUGAGACUGAGGCCUUUAUGGUGACUCCUACUGAUGAGGGAAAUGAGCACAGUGAAGAUCAGAACUUUAAUUCAUAUGAGAUUUUAAGUGCAGCGAAUAAAGAGUGUGUAGGCAACAUACCAGCAAUAAAGGAUGUGGUACUAGAACCAAGCAGUAACCAGCAGCUCGUCUCUCACAACUUUCAUAAAGCAGGCAAGCAUGGAGAUUCAGGAUCAACUACAAAUUCAGAGACGGAACAAAAAAAGACACGUCACAGCAACAUUACAUGUAAGAUUCGCCGGGAUACUCCCACAGGUUUAACGUUUUACACAUGUGACGCUUGUGGGAAAGAAUUUAAGGACAGAACCACGUUGAAUAGACAUUUCAGGGUUCACACAGGUGAAAGGCCAUAUUUGUGCAACACCUGUGGGAGAACAUUUAAAGACAUUGCAACAUUAAAGAAACAUGAGUCAAUCCACACAGGUGAAAAGCCAUAUCCAUGCGAAAUAUGUGGGAAACAUUUCAGACUUAAAAAUGAUGUGACAAACCACAUGAAGACCCACACAGAUGAACGGCCACAUGUCUGCAAUAUCUGUGGGAAAAGAUACCGUCGGAAGAUGGACAUGAAAUGGCACAUGAGGAUGCAUACACCUGAGAAGCAGUCUUCUUGUGAAACUUGGGGCAGUUCUGAGGAGACUUUACAGUUGAUGUGAGGAGAGCCUCACUAGUGAGAAACCAUAUAAUUGCAACACUUGUUUGAAAGAGUAUUCCAUGUGUCUCAUAUAAGACAUUGCAUACACAUAUAUUCUUAAACCGUGAGAGAACUCAGUUGUUAUGCUUCAUGGGCAACAUAUUGAAACCCAUUAAAGUGGAGACAUUUUUUUCUCAUAAAACCAGACAAGAAAAUCCAUGAACAGGAAAAAUCGUUGACCAGUUAAUUGACUAUUCUUUUUAUUUUGUAUUGGAUACCUUUUUAUUAUUAACUCUGAUGUUGAAACUGAGAAACCUGUGUUGUCAUUCUGCCAGCUAGUAUUUUCUCUGUUUGUCUGCAACAUUUCAAUUUGAUUUAUAUUUUUUAAGUAUUUAAAAAAAUAAAUCCUGAUCUUUGUUUGUUUUGGGUUUUAAAGGGGAUACACACCCACAUAUUGUGGUAUGACAUAGGGCUGUAAACACAUCAGCUGAAGCAGAGAUGAAUAUGGUCACUGCUAGAAGGGGCGCAGGCAACUAAGUAGUACGUUUUCAGAUGUGUAUGCUGGUAUGUGUUGUAACAAUGGAAGCUUUGAAUGCUAAUGAUUAAAGAGCAAUUUACUCAGAAA